AUGGAAACUAUACUACUGGAAAUUCGACAAAAUAGGCAAAGUCCGGUCCUUCGGUCAUACUAUCACUAUGACCCGUCUGAAGUUGUGGCAAUUGUAGCCUUAGUCCUCUAUGGACUCGCGACUUUCGCCCAUUUUUUCCAAUACUUCCGUUAUCGAGCAUGGUAUCUUACUGUCCUGCUGUUAGCAGGUAUCAUGCAGACGUUUGGAUAUCUUGCUCGUUUAUUUUCCGCAAGAGACGUACACAACAGAGGCUUAUACAUCGCCCAGUUCGUCCUCGUAGUUCUCGCACCAGUGUUUACCGCAGCAGGUGAUUAUAUCAUCUUGGGGAGGCUUCUGGAGAGAGUCUUACCAGGCGGGCCUAGGGCAAAGGCACUGGGGCUUCCAGCGAGGUGGAUUACAUGGAUUUUCGUAACCAGUGAUAUAAUUAGUUUCGUGAUGCAGGGAAUAGGUGCUACCAUUAUCUCUGCGAAUACCGAUGGACGAAACCCUGGCGCUCAGGUACAAGGACAACAUAUCAUCAUGGCCGGUUUGGCGAUCCAAAUUGCGUUUUUCAGUUUCUUUGUCUGCGCAGUUGUCCGAUUUGAUACGAAGACCAGAGAAUCGCAUCCAGGUGCGAAAUGGCGUGCCCUAGUAUAUUGCUUAUAUAUCAGUUGUGCUUGUAUCCUCAUCCGUUCGAUCUACAGAAUUGUCGAAUUUGCGCAAGGUUGGAAUGGUUACCUCAUGUCCCAUGAGGUGUACUUCUACGUCCUGGAAGCCUUGCCGAUGCUCCCAUGUCUGGUGAUUUUCAAUAUCUUCCACCCAUCCAAGUAUUUACCGGAGCCGAAAGCCACCGAGGAAAGUCAGGAUGUUGCCUUGGAGAACCAGGAGCCUUAUGGUAGCCGGGAGGGCAUUGUGUCAACCUCCAAUUAUUGA